AUGUCCAGCAUCACAGUCUUCAAGGGUUCGGCUAGCGGCAAGGUGGUUCAGCACAAAGCUACCACAAUCCUGGAGCCCCAGGGCAAGCAAGUCCUCAUCGAGGUGACCCACUCCGGCAUUUGCGGUACAGACGAGCACUACCGCAAGCAAGACAUGGUUCUUGGCCACGAAGGCGUAGGCAUCAUCCGUGCCGUCGGUCCCUCUGUUAAGACUUUAAAGAAGGGCGACCGCGUCGGAUGGGGCUAUUGCCAUGGCAGCUGUGGCUCGUGCCGCGAGUGCGACCGUGGCCAGCAACUCUACUGCGAUGAGAGGCAGCUGUACGGCUCGACGAACUUGGACCAGGGUUCAUUCUCGACACACGCGAUGUGGGACGACGAGUUUGUCUUUGGCAUCCCCGACGCCAUCUCAUCGGAAGAAGCUGCGCCGCUCAUGUGCGCUGGCGCUGCCGUCUACUCGGGCCUCAAGUCUGGCAACAUCGGAUGGAACAGCCGAGUCGGGAUCCUCGGGUUCGGCGGACUUGGCCAUCUGGCACUCCAAUUCGCUGCAAAGAUGGGCUGCGAGGUCGUCGUUCUCUCACAUUCGAGCUCAAAGGAGAAAGACGCUCGAUCACUCGGCGCCUCCGAGUUCCACACUCUUUCGAGCAUCGACUCGGACAAGUUCAAGCCUGUCGACUGCCUGCUUCUCUCAGGAGCACAGCAGCCCGACUGGAACAAGGUCGUUCCCCUCGUGCGCCGUGGUGGUAGCAUCAUGGCCAUGACUGUCGACAUGUCCGAGCUCAAUGUGCCCUACAUGCUGCUAGUCAUGAACGCGAUUGCGAUUCGUGGCAGUCUCCCUACCCCGCCCGUCCUGCAUCGCGAGAUGCUCGAUUUUGCGGCUUUCCACGGCAUUCGGCCAAUCGUCCAGUCCUUCCCUUUUACCGAGGAAGGCAUUAACGAAGCGCUAGAGCGCCUGGGCAAGGGGGAGAUUAGAUACCGGGCGGUAGUUGCGCGGGCUUAG